GAAGAGUGUGAAGGUUUAUAGCUCCGCCUCCUGGUGUACAGUUCCUCGCGGACUUCCCGGAGCCGGGCAAAAGGGGCGGGGUUUGCUGGUUUUUCCCUUGGCCCUGGAGCUGCCCCCGCGCGACCGCCUGGCUCGAGAUGCACAGCUCCCCCGUCAUCCCUGAGGAGCUCGCCAGCCUCCUGGCAGAUGUUGAUGCAUUUAUAUCAGAUAUCCUAAAAGGAGAAAAUUUAUCCAAAAGAGCAAAGGAAAAGAGGGAUGCUCUCUUUAAGAAGAUAAAAGACAUCAAGUCCAACUACCCUCAGGAGUUUCCAGAAGGAGGAGAGAUAGAAGAUGGGGAAGAACACGAAGGUCCAUUGUCUGUGCCUCCUGAUAAUCUAUCUGACCGGUAUGAUAAAGACGAUGAAGGCCAGUCUGAUGGGACUCAGUUUCUUCCUGUGGCUGCCCAAGACCUUCAGUUUGUGUUAAAGUCUGGGUACCUGGAAAAACGCAGAAAAGACCACACCUUCCUUGGCUUUGAGUGGCAAAAACGAUGGUGUGCUCUGAGUCGGACCGUCUUCUACUAUUAUGGAAAUGACAAAGACAAACAACAGAAAGGUGAAUUUGCUAUAGAUGGCUACACCGUCAGAAUGAAUAAUACCCUUCGGAAGGAUGGGAAGAAAGAUUGCUGUUUUGAAAUCGCUGCACCUGAUAAACGCAUUUAUCAGUUUACAGCUGCCACGCCAAAAGAAGCUGAGGAAUGGGUGCAGAGCCUCACUUUCGUAUUACAAGACAUGGAAUCGGAAGUUAUUCCAGAGGAGGAUGAAGAAUAUGAUGACGUUGGGGAAAGUGAUGGACAUUCACCAAAAAUGAGCACACAACCAAUAGAGGAUGACAUUUACGAAGUGCUUCCAGAAGAAGAAGAAGCCAAAGUGCCAGCAAAGGGUGAAGAACGAAGGAAACUGAGCCAGGAGAACGUGGCUAGUGUUCCAGGCAAUAAAAACAUAGAUUAUGCUAAUUUCUACCAAAGUAUGUGGGACUGCACCGGAGAUGUUCCUGAUGAACUGACAUUCAAGCGUGGUGACGUUAUCUACAUUCUCAGCAAGGAGUACAAUAGAUUUGGCUGGUGGGUAGGAGAAAUGAAAGGAACCAUUGGCUUGGUGCCUAAAGCCUACAUAAUGGAGAUGUAUGAUAUUUGAGAGGCCUGGGCGCAUUCUGUGAAUCAAAGACUAGCAUAGAGCUUCCAAACAGAUGCCAGUGCAAAGUAUCUCCAGUUGUAGCUUGCACAGCAUAUGUUUUAGGAAGAGGACAACCCCCAACAUGCCAGACAUCAAGCUUUCUCUGCAUCCUAUGUAAGUUCAGUCACCUUGGUGAUGGAGCCACAUGCUCGGGCAUUUAUUUAUGCUUUUCUAAACCAGGCACAGUGCAGUGGGAACAUAACUUGCACAAGUCUAGCUUUUAUGAGUGGAAGAGAGAUGUGCAAGAAUUCUGGAGCAGCUUGCUUGCAUUCAUUUCAACAUGAAAUGUUGCCAGCAUGAAAUGCUGCCAGUAUUUAAACUGGUCCCUCUUGCUGUUCCUUUCUAAUAUCAGCCUGCUCUGAUAUUAAUAGUAAUUAAUUGGGGAAUGUUAUUUAAUUUAAUGACAUGAAAAGCUUCAGAUGCACGUUGCUACUUACUGAACAUCUAUUAAAGGAACUGGACAUCUUCCCUCUCUCCAUUUGGCAAACUUAGUUAUCAGCUGUUCCCAGUGGAUUGGGCUUGUAGUUUUAGAAUCCCAGUGGUUGGUGCUUCUGCUUUCCACAUGUGAUGCACAGCAACAAUAGUUCUUGGUUGAUUUUCCCCCGGUCCCUUUGUGAUGAUAUUUUAAUAUUAUUAACACUGUUUGCUUUCUAAAUAGAUUCUGAUGAAUAUUUUUAAUUAACUAAGUGAAAUUGUAGUAGAAGAUUAUUUUAAUGUGAAAUAUAACAGGAUAACUGUUUUUAAUGUAAUUGGAGAAGCCCUAUGUUGCUGUUUGUAAGAAUACCUAAUAAAUUUCCUGUUUUUCAUUUCUAUAUAA